UCUGCCGUCCAAUCAGGGGACGCGGGUGCGGUUUUGAUACAUCCGGAAAUACACCAAUAGCUAGCUACCGUGAGCCGGACGGUGAUGUAUCCACCUUCACGGUUGUCUUGUUGAAGGAAGUAAAGUCUGUCAAACAUGAGUUUCCACUACAGCCAGGGCUAUCCAGGAGGAGGCAACCCACCACCAGGUGCUCCAUACGGGGGAGGCAGUGGUCCCUAUGGGCAUCACCCCUCAGCUCCAUACGGAGCUGCAUCACAUCCAUCAGGAGGUCCGUAUGGCGCUUAUGGAGCCCCAGGUCAGGGAGGUCAGUAUGGGCCUGGACCAGGGGGUGCCCCCGGCGGGCCUUAUGGGGGUUACGGGGGACAACCACAUGGAGGACAGUAUGGACACCAUGCUCCUGCAGGUAACAUCCCUCCUGGUGUUAACCCAGAGGCGUACCAGUGGUUCCAGACUGUUGACACGGACCACAGUGGCUUCAUCAAUCAAAAGGAGCUGAAGCAGGCACUUGUCAAUUCUAACUGGUCUGCUUUUAAUGACGAGACCUGCCUAAUGAUGAUCAACAUGUUUGACAAGACGCGGUCAGGUCAAAUGGACCUGUUUGGCUUCUCAGCACUGUGGGACUUCAUGCAGCGGUGGAGAGCGCUCUUUCAGCAAUAUGACAGAGACCGCUCAGGCUGUAUCAGUGGCACAGAGCUACAGCAAGCCCUCGCUCAGAUGGGCUACAACCUGAGUCCCCAGUUUUCUCAGACAUUGGUGCAGCGCUUCACCGUGCAAGGCGGGCGACCCGGCAUCCAGCUAGACCGCUUCAUCCACGUGUGCACCCAGCUCCAGACUACAACGCAGGCCUUCAGGGAGAGAGACACUGCCAUGACGGGAAACGUCCGCCUCAGCUAUGAGGAUUUCCUCUCUGGAGCCAUCACCAGGCUCAUGUGAGCCUCAUUCCACUGACAGUCUCUCUGAACUGUGGAUUCACAGUAUUAUUCCAUGUUCAGGUCAUUUUUUGCUCAGUUUUCAAUGCUCUCUCAUAAGUGCCCCCACCUGUUGGUAUUUAUACAGUAUAUCAGCCAGUACACAUUAUUCCAUGGCUUGUUGCUGUAAGUAGAUAAAGCCUAACGCCCGGGCCACACCGCCUACCUCUACCUGUGCGUGGCAGCUACCUCGCUGAACUGCUGCGGUUUGCACGCGUGUUGUGUCCACACAGACAGCGUUGCUGCUGCGGCGCUGCUACCGCCAGCCCUAUCUUUCUACACUGAGUUUGCCUUUGAUAAUGGCCAUCAAUUAUAGAAUGUUUCAUUUUAUUUCAUUAGAAAUUUCAUUUAUAUUUAGUUUAGACAGAGAAUGAAGGCAUUCUGUCCACAGAAACGCUAGAGGGCUUUUAAUUUGAAACAGGUACAGGAGGUGUUGAGCUAAACAAAAUGUUUUUAUUUCUUUCAUGUCUGUGACAGUCUACAGAUAUAGAUAUAAUCAGUAAACAUGCCAAAAUGGUUCGGAAUGCCAAAAACAAAUAAAUGCUUUUGUAUCACA